AGCCGCGGUCGCUUGGGCGCGAGGAGGGCUGCGGGCGCGGGUCCUGGCGGCGCGGAAAACGCGCCAAGUUUCCCGUGUCGGAGCGAGCGGCCCCAGAGCGGGCGGGGAGCGGGGAAACGGCGGCGCCAUGUAGCGGUGUUCGCCCCUCGCCGCCCGCCCGGAGAUGCCGGGGGUGCUCCCGAGUGACGGCAGCGCGCCGCAGCGGGGCAGCCCCUGCAGGAAGAACCGGCUGUCGCUGAAACUCUUCCAGAAGAAAGAGGCCAAAAGAGCGCUGGAUUUCACCGAGCACACGGAACAUGAGCACAAGGGCGCCGAGCUCCGCGCCGAUGACAUUGACCAGGUUGUUCCUGCAGCACAGCCUCCCUCACUUGUCAGCUGUGAGAAGAAGGACAACAUGUUACCCUUUGUGGGCUUGAAUAAUCUUGGCAACACCUGUUACCUUAACAGCGUUCUUCAGGUAUUAUAUUUUUGUCCUGGUUUUAAAACGGGAAUCAAACAUUUAUAUAAUAUCAUUUCAAAGAAGAAAGAAUCGUUGAAGGAUGAAGGAGAGCUAAAAGCAGAAAAGGGAAACUGUAAAGAAGAUCCACUGGCGAGUUAUGAACUGAUCUGCAGUUUGCACUCGUUGAUUCUUUCUGUUGAACAGCUUCAAGCCAGCUUUCUUUUGAACCCAGAGAAAUACACCGAUGAACUCGCUACUCAGCCACGAAGGCUGCUCAACACCCUUAGAGAGCUCAACCCUAUGUACGAAGGCUACUUGCAGCACGAUGCCCAGGAAGUUCUGCAGUGCAUCCUUGGCAAUAUUCAAGAAACGUGUCAGCUACUGAAGAAGGAAGAACUGAAUAAACUGCCUUUGGAAGAGCCCAAAGCUAAAGGGGAGGAAAAAAUUCAUCAAAACUCCGAGAGCAAUGGGACUGGCAGCUCUGCCGAGGAGGAGGAGAACAUCCCAAGUAGCCACGUGGGAGAGGUAGCUGAAGAUAAGCUACCCAAAGGAAAUGGGAAAAGAAAAAGCGAUGCUGAAGGUGGCAAUGCAAAGAAAAAGUCCAAAGUAUCGAAAGAACAAAUUGCAGCAGAAGAAAAUCAAAGACAAACCAGGUCAAAGAGGAAAGCAACAGGAGAAAAGCUGGAGAAUCAAACUGAUGCCAUUGCCAAGUGUUCCACUGAGAGCGAGAGCGCAAAGCCAACACAGAAGAAGUCACGACUUAAACUAAACUGGUUAAAAUCCUCAUAUAAACAGCCAAGUAUUCUGUCCAAAUUUUAUAGUCUGGGGAAGAUAACUACAAAUUUGGGAUCCAAAGACCCAGUGAAAGAGUACGAUGACUGUGAGCUUGAGGAGACAUCUGCCAAGUGUGAAAAUGGUAACGAUGUUAAAGAAGAUGGUCACAAACCAACAUCUCCUGUGGAAAGCCAUAAUGAAAAAGGAACUGAAAAAGAGCCAAAAAAGGAAGGUACAGAGUUGGCUGUUUUUGAACUAGUGGAGAAAUUGUUCCAGGGCCAGUUAGUGCUGAGAACGCGAUGCUUGGAGUGCGAGUGCUUUACUGAGAGAAGAGAGGACUUCCAGGACAUCAGCGUUCCAGUGCAAGAAGAUGAACUUUCCAAAACUGAAGAAAGUUCUGAAAUUUCUCCAGAGCCAAAAACAGAAAUGAAGACUCUGAAGUGGGCAAUUUCCCAGUUUGCAUCGGUGGAAAGGAUCGUGGGAGAGGACAAAUACUUCUGCGAGAACUGCCAUCAUUACACAGAAGCAGAACGCAGCCUUUUAUUUGAUAAAAUGCCUGAAGUUAUAACAAUUCAUUUGAAGUGCUUUGCUGCUAGUGGCUUAGAGUUCGAUUGCUACGGAGGACUGUCGAAGAUCAACACUCCCUUACUGACACCACUCAGACUGUCUCUGGAAGAAUGGAGCACGAAGCCAACCAAUGACACCUACGGGUUAUUUGCAGUGGUGAUGCACAGCGGCAUCACAAUUAGCAGCGGACACUACACGGCUUCUGUCAAAGUCACAGAUCUCAACAGCCUGGAGUUAGACAAGGGGAACUUCAUCACUGCCCAAAUGUGCGAAACCAUUAAACCAGAACCACUGAAUGAGGAGGAAGCAAGAACUGUUUCUGAAGACUACGACGACGGCGAAGUCUCUUUUAGAGUCAAUGGCAACGCACAGCCAGGUAAAGUCCUGAACAAAAAGAACAUGGAAGCUGUCGGACUUCUUGGGGGACAGAAGAGCAAGUCUGACUGUGACCUGUACAACAGCAAACCAGCAAACAGCGAGAAGGUUCUCAAUAUAGUUACUGAGAGCAGAAACCCCGAGUCUGCCCCUGCUAAUGGAAGUGUGGAGUGCAGCACUGAAUGCGGCGAUCAGAACGGGGUCGCUUUCAGUGGACUGGAAAACAAAGCUCUGUACGUCCUGCAGAGCCUGAAGGAGUAUGAAGGGAAGUGGCUGCUUUUCGAUGAUUCUGAAGUGAAAGUUACAGAGGAAAAGGACUUCCUGAAUUCUCUUUCUCCCACAUCGUCAUCUACAUCAACUCCUUAUCUACUGUUUUAUAAGAAGAUUGUAGAAUGAUACUGUAUUUCAACUGUAAAUAUUAGGGACUCGCAUACACCUGUCAUCUGAUUUGCAUCAGGACUGGCUGGAAUAAACAGAUGUUUGUUUUUGAAGCUCCUGGAUCCUACAUUUCUGCUCUUUGCAUUCUGUGGAAGUGGCUCAACUUGAAUCCAUAAACCCAUGACAGACCUUCCUUAACUCACCUAAUAACUUCUAUGCUGGAGAAUAGCGAUAUUACCUUUUAGGAUUACCAAUUUGUAUAGCUCCUAAACGAUGCCUCCAAUACACGGUAGUGGUUUUAACACAGCUCUAGUUCUCAGACAUGCCUCUUGUAUUAUUAGCUGUUUGGUUUUUUUUAAAUAAAAGUUAUUUGUAUUCAUAUUCUGGACUAAAUGUAUAUUAACUAGCAGGUUUCGGCGGAAGUUGUGUAUUUUUGUAACUUGGGAAGUAAUACUUCAUAUAUAGUCUUUGAGUAAUCUAUGUGGCUUACUGACAAAUUGCUCCUUACCCAGUUCUAUGCUGCUUUGUGCACUGCCAAGCACAAGGGAAGAGUUUUCACUUGGAAAAAGAGAACUGAACAAAAACGUUGGAAUGGUCUAAUUUACAUCUUGUUCCAUUGAUGUUAAACGGGCAAAGCGUGUAAAUAGGUGUGAUUAAUAAUACUUCAAAGCAGAGAGUGUGUGGUGUAAUUAAAAGACUUUUGUACUUCUUCAGAGGAAAGCCCUUUAAUCUGCAUAUCUGUUGGGGUGGAUUUGGAGUUUAGUGGUGAACAUUUAACAGUUAAUUUGUACUUAGAGCUCACCAGAAGGUGGGAAAAUGAGCACGUUUGGCUUGAUGCUUUGUUGAGAAUGUACAUAUGAAAUAAAAAAAGAACAACGUGGUAUGCACUGGA